AUGGCUAUCCAAGGAACGACAGGAUCCCAGUUGUCAAGAGGAGAAUGGUUAUUCGCCUUCAGUCUCGUCACAUCACUCUUCUUCACAUGGGGCUUCGCUUACGGCCUGCUUGAUGUCCUCAACGCCCACUUUCAGGACAUAUUUCAUAUCUCGAAGACAAGGUCAACGCUCCUUCAAUUCGCCUACUUUGGAGCAUAUAUAUUCUUUGCACCGGUUGCCGGUGCUUUUAUGAGAAGAUAUGGGUAUAAGAAAGGGAUCCACCUUGGUUUGUCGCUGUAUAGUCUGGGUGCAAUAUUCUUUUGGCCAUCGGCAAAAUUCCAACAGUAUGGCGGGUUUGUUGGUUGCACUUUCGUCAUUGGCUGCGGUCUUGCUACGUUGGAGGUCGCCGCUAACUCCUACAUCUCUGUUCUCGGUUCCCCCAAAUAUGCUGCAGCGCGUCUCAACUUCAGUCAGGGUUUUCAGGGCGUGGCUAGCUUCACCGGACCUCUUAUCGCCGCACGAUGGUUCUUCCUCGGUGAGAAUGCCACGAAGCUAGACACUGUUCAAUGGGUUUACCUCGCGGUUGCGGGUUUGGGGAUUGUGCUCAAUGUGCUGUUCUACUUCUGCCCGCUGCCUGAGAUAACGGAAGAAGCUUUGGCGGCUGAGAUUCACGAAGUGGGCAUUGAAUCCGAUAAGGAGCCGUUCUGGAAGCAAUAUCGCUGCAUCUUUGGUUUCGUGGCACAGAUGUGUUAUGUUGGUGCACAAGUUGGCGUCGCCUCAUUUGUGGUCAACUUCCUGACGGAACAAGGACUCGGUAUCAGUUCUUCGAAAGCUAGCACAAUGUUUUCCCUGUGCCAAGUGACCUUCACCGUAGGACGCUUCGUCGGAGUCCUGAUCCUGCGCUACGUUGACCCUGCACUCCUGCUAACUUUCUACGCCUCCAUGUGCGUGCUGUUUUCGCUAUUGGUGGCUCUACUUCCUGGUUGGGGAGGCGUUGGAAGUUUAUAUGCUCUGUUCUUCUUCGAAUCGAUUUGCUAUCCGUGUAUUUUUACACUGGGCACAAAGAACCUCGGAGUACACACCAAGCACGGUUCCGCCCUAAUCGUAAUGGGGGUUGGAGGGGGAGCUUGGUACCCACCUUCGCAAGGCGCGCUCGCUGACAGCUUGUCCACCCGUCGCUCGUACCUCGUACCAUUCACAGGAUAUGUCGUGAUGACCAUAUACGCGGCCGGUCUCGUCAUUGAUCAGACUGUCAAGGAGAAAUUCCGCUUCCGCACCAUUGAUGAAGUCGAACAACGCCGCGUGGAGAAAGUCGAGCGCCGCUCAUCGACAUCCGAGGAAGAAAGUGAGAAUCCGAAGGAGAAGUCUAGCACGGACUACAUCGAGGUUGCCUGA